AUGGACAACUGGCCACCUGAACCAUUGAUUCAGUGUCCAGACAUGAUUGAUAGACCUUGUCCCAGUCAUUUCCAACUGUACAGAUCUCCCUCUUCACCCAGGUGUUGGGAGGCAAGUGCUGUACUGUCCUGGAAAUUGGCCAAGAUGAUUGAAGCCAGGGAGAAGGAGCAAAAGAAGAAACAAAAACGUCAAGAAAAUAUUGCAAAAGCUAAACGACUGAAAAAGGACUGA